UGAUGCCGGGGGCGCGGGCGGCGGAGCAGCAGCAGCAGCAGCAGCAGCAGCAGCAGCAGCAGCAGCAGCAGCAGCAGCGCCCGGACGCGCGGCGGCCGCCGCCGCCCCAGUGACGGCCCCGCCAUGUCGGUGAUGGUGGCGAGGAAGAAGGUGGUUCGGAAAUGGGAGAAGCUGCCGGGCAGGAACACCUUCUGCUGCGACGGCCGCAUCAUGAUGGCCCGGCAGAAGGGCAUCUUCUACCUGACGCUCUUCCUCAUCCUCGGCACCUGCGCCCUCUUCUUCGCCUUCGAGUGCCGGUACCUGGCUGUCCAGCUGUCCCCGGCCAUCCCCGUGUUCGCAGCAGUUCUCUUCCUGUUUGCCAUGGCCACGCUGCUGCGGACGAGCUUCAGCGACCCCGGGGUGAUCCCGCGGGCCCUGCCUGAUGAGGCAGCCUUCAUUGAGAUGGAGAUUGAGGCCACCAACGGGACCGUGCCGCAGGGCCAGCGCCCGCCCCCGCGCAUCAAGAACUUCCAGAUCAACAACCAGAUCGUGAAGCUCAAGUACUGCUACACGUGUAAGAUCUUCCGCCCGCCCCGCGCCUCGCACUGCAGCAUCUGCGACAACUGCGUGGAGCGCUUCGACCAUCACUGUCCCUGGGUGGGCAACUGUGUGGGGAAGAGGAACUACCGCUACUUCUACCUCUUCAUCCUCUCGCUCUCCCUCCUCACCAUCUACAUCUUCACCUUCAACAUUGUCUACGUAGCACUGAAAUCUCUGAAGAUUGGGUUUCUGAACACGUUGAAGGAAACCCCAGGGACUGUACUGGAGGUGCUCAUCUGUUUCUUCACGCUGUGGUCAGUGGUGGGGUUAACUGGGUUCCACACCUUCCUGGUGGCACUGAAUCAGACAACCAACGAAGACAUUAAGGGGUCCUGGACUGGGAAGAACCGCGUGCAGAAUCCCUACAGCCACGGCAACAUAGUGAAGAACUGCUGUGAGGUGCUUUGCGGGCCCCUGCCUCCCAGUGUCCUGGACAGACGGGGCAUCCUGCAGCAGGAGGAGAGCACAGCUCAGGAGGGGCCGUGCCCACGGGGGCCUGGCACGCAGGAGCCCCUGGCCAUGCAGGGCCCCCGCCAGGCUGAGGAGAGCAGCACGAAGCAGCAGGAUGGCAGCAUUCCUCUCUCCAGUGCUGUCCCUGCGCCGCCCCUGAGUGACGCCGAAAUGCCGGAGGAGAAGCUGCGAACGCCUGGGGAGGUCCCGGUGCCCUCCCUGGACGCUGGGCGAGCGGAGCACUAGCGUCUGCUUGGAAGGGAGAACUUUCUUGUUUUGUCUAAUCAAAGCUGGAAGUGAUGGAGGAGAGGAGGAGAAGGGCUGGAUGGCAGGCACCCGAUUCCCCAUGGCCAUUUUGCUUUAGUCAUUACCACGGUGUGAGCCGGCGGUGGCACGGGACAGCGAGUGUGGGUGGCACGCCCUGGUCACCACGGGGCACUGCCACUACCGAGGCAGCUCUGCCUGCGGCCAGGGCUGGGCCUCUGGCUCUGCAGACUGUCCUGGAUGCUCCAUCCCGGCUUGUGGCCGGGGCUGUCCCUCUGCCUGGGGGGGCAACUCGUGGUCCAGCAGUUCAGCAGUUAGGGCCGGUCUGCUCCUUCCUGCUGAGGAAUCCCCAUGGGAAGGGGAAAUCAAUCAUGGCAGUAGCGUCCUCUCUCCCCUCCUCCCUCCUUCCUCUAAUCCGUGACGUUGUUUUGUGGUUGGCGUGGCAAGGCUUGUCAGGAGACAUUUUGGUGCCCAGAGGACCCAAACAAGCGGGAAGGAGUUCUGUUGGCA